AUGCCUGUGCGCCCCGGCUUCAUCAGCGCGACGCUGAACUCCCCUCGCCUGAGCGCAUGGGUCCGCCGAUCGUCACAUAACGUGUACUAUGGUCAGCGCACGCCGCUAGACUGCAUAUGUCGCGUGAAUGUCGACGGCUCCCAACGCAGUAUCAGCGAGGGCGGAGAUUCGAGACCAGCCGAAUGCAUAUGUGUUGAGGCGGAAGCGGAGACGGAGACUGUGACGGACGCUGAGGACGAACCAGUAGUACCGCUGGGGAGGAGGCGGCAAGUCAUCGGGAUUCUUGUCCUCCAAGCAGGCAUCAUGAUCCACUCGACUGUCAUCGGCCUGACGUUGUCUAUCACGUCGGGCUCCGAUUUCACAUCUCUUGUGACCGCUAUUAUAUUCCACCAGAUGUUCGAGGGCCUAUCGUUGGGUAUCCGGAUAUCAGCGCUACCUACGUCGCCUCACCAUGACCAUGAUCACGGUUCGCCACAGCGCAACCACGACAAGCACGAACACCGGACAGUGCUCCAGCGCCUUGCGCAGAAUUGGCUUAAGCUCGUCUUGUAUGUCCUAUUCGCGAUCACGACACCGGCCGGUAUGGCGGUCGGCAUUGCCGCCUUCCGCGGUGGGAGCCAUUCCGAGACUGCACGCAUGGACCUCAUUCAAGGCGUCAUGUCCGCCAUUUCCGCGGGAAUGCUCAUCUACGCGGCGACGGUGGAGAUGCUGGCAGGCGAUUUCGUGUUCGGGAAUAUGAGUGGCACGCAUGGACCGGGGCAUGGCGGGCACCCCCAUGCGCAUGAGCACCUAGACGGCACAGACGAUCCCGACGUAUUGGACGGCGGCGUGCGCAAACAAGUAAUCGCCGUCGUGUCCUUAUUAGCGGGUGUUGCGGGUAUGGCGUUAAUGGGACUCAUAGAGUAG